AUGGCGGGGCCCGUCGCCGUCGUCUGCGUUGGCAUGGCUGGAUCCGGUAAGACGACUUUCAUGCAGCGCAUCAACUCAUAUCUACACUCCACACUCAAACCUCCAUACGUCCUCAACCUCGAUCCAGCCGUCCACUCCGUCCCUUUCGAAAGCAACAUCGACAUUCGCGACUCAAUAAACUACAAAGAAGUCAUGAAACAGUACAAUCUAGGCCCCAACGGCGGUAUCCUCACCUCUUUAAACCUUUUCGCCACAAAAAUCGAUCAGAUAAUAUCUAUAUUGGAGAAGCGCACGCUUCCUCCCCCUGCCAGUUCAGAUUCCAAUGCCAACAUCGAUCCUACAAAGCCAAGCCAGACGCCGCGAAAACCCAUUGAGCAUAUUCUCAUCGACACGCCUGGGCAGAUUGAAGUGUUUGUAUGGAGCGCGUCGGGGAGUAUCCUACUCGAGACGUUAGCCUCCUCGUUCCCAACCGUUAUUGCAUAUGUGAUCGAUACCCCACGAACGAGCUCGACAAGUACAUUUAUGAGCAAUAUGCUGUACGCAUGCAGUAUACUAUACAAGACCAAGUUGCCAAUGAUUCUCGUCUUCAACAAAACGGACGUAAGACGCAGAGUUGCAGAGUGGAUGUCUGAUUCGAAGCUUUCAGGCGCGUUGCGUGAGGAGAAGAAGCUGCGUCUUCCUGUGCUGAUGGGGCGUGGCAGCAUGGGAGGGGAAGUGGCUAUAUGGCUCAUUUUGAAUAGUAUGAGUCUGAUGCUGGAGGAAUUUUAUCGACAUCUCAAUGUGGUUGGGGUAAGUGCUAUGACCGGUGAUGGGAUUGAUGAGUUCUUUGAAGCGGUGGAGGAAAAGCGGCAGGAAUUCGAGCGGGAUUACAAAACUGAAUUGGAGAGAAGGAGGAGAGAGAAAGAGGUGGCGAAGGAGGAGAGAAGGGAGACCGAGCUGGGGAAAUUGCUUAGGGAUAUGAAUGUUUCUGGUUCUGGGUCCCGCGAUGGGCAGAAGCAAAGUCGGGAGCCGGAGACUGUGUCCGAAGCGGAAGAUGAUGAAGAUUCGGAUGAGUACGAGGACGUGAAACCUGGUGAAACUGAAGUUGACCAGAGGGACGAUAUUGGGCUUGAAGAGAGAUAUAAGCAUGCCCUGGAGGAAUCGGGCCCGGUUCUAUCUGAUCAGGAGCGGAGCUCUGCAAGAUAUUUACGCUCGAGUAAUAUUGGAUGA